AUGACGUCUCUAAGUAUUCCCCCUCAGACAAAGAAACAGGUGGAUCUCUUCUGCCAAAAUCUCAAUAAAGAGGCUGAAGAGUUGCUGAAAACAUUUUUUCCAAAGAAGAUUGAAGAGAUGCAGUUGAUGUUAACGACUUCUUUCAUCUGCAAAGACCUGGAGACUCUGAGGGUCCUGUUGGACAUCCCGAUGCCUGAUCCCGCCAAAGAAGAGGCCAAGCGCAUUAAGAAGGAGGCGGAGGAGAAGAAAGAGAAGAAAGACAAGGCCGCGGAGGAAGAAGACGAUGGGCCUCCGUGUGGUCCCAUCUGCACCAACGAGACCGUGGAGACUCUGCUGAAAAACACCAAGAGCGAGAUCAGCAUUCUGAAGGAGAAACUCAACACGGUGUCGUCGUGGAUGCAGCUGCAGGUGCCCACAGUGGAAGACGGAAACAACUUCGGAGUCGCUGUUCAGGAAAAAGUGUUUGAACUUCUGACCAACACUCGCACUAAGAUUGAAGCGUUCCAAACUCUUCUGGCAAAAUAUUCCAAUGAAAGAGGCGACGCUGUGGCCAAGGCCUCCAAAAGUCCUCACGUGGGCGACUACAGAGAACUGGUGCAUCAGCUCGACCAGACUCUCUACUGCGAGCUUCGUCUCAUCGUCCUGGAGAUUCGCAACAUAUAUGCUGUGCUGUUUGACAUCAUCACCAAAAACUAUUCCAAGAUCAAGAAGCCAAAAGGCGAAGGCAGAGCUGCGAUCUACUGA